AUGGACGACAGAGGAGGCAGAACAGGUGACGAUGGUGAGGACGAGAGGGAACAAGGAGACCAGGACGACAGAGGCAGAACAGGUGACGAUGGUGAGGACGAGGAACAGAACGAACCAAUGGACGACAGAGGAGGCAGAACAGGUGACGAUAGGAGGACGAGAGGGAACAAGGAGACGAACCAAUGGACGACAGAGGAGGCAGAACAGGUGACGAUGGUGAGGACGAGAGGGAACAAGGAGACGAACCAAUGGACGACAGAGGAGGCAGAACAGGUGACGAUGGUGAGGACGAGAGGGAACAAGGAAACAGACCAUGGACGACAGAGGGAGGCAGAACAGGUGACGAUGGGAGGACGAGAGGAACAAGGAGACGAACCAAUGGACGACAGAGGAGGCAGAACAGGUGACGAUGGUGAGACGAGAGGGAAACAAGGAGACGAACCAAUGGACGACAGAGGAGGCAGAACAGGUGACGAUAGUGGGGAGGAGAGGGAACAAGGAGACGAACCAAUGGACGACAGAGGAGGCAGAACAGGUGACGAUGGUGAGGACGAGAGGGAACAAGGAGACGACAAUGGACGACAGAGGAGGCAGAACAGGUGA